ACAACUUGCUUUAUACAAUAGCAGCAUGUCAGACUUUCAAUUCAACUUUCAGCAUUACAUGACCACGUGUAGGCACGUGUGCAAUACCCACGUGUUAUCACGUGUAAUGGUAGCUCCACCUAUCAGGCGUGGCUUACUAUCAAAAUGAACAUUCAAAAGGACUGGGAAGAAGUCAUCCAAAAACCAAAUGAAAAAUUUUGGAUACAGGAGAAAAGAGCUGAUGGUCCUACUAUAUUUGGUAGUUUGUGUAGUCCUCUCUCUGAUGUACAUGAAACAGCUCCUACUGAUGAACAACAGAAAUUCAUUAUUAAGAAUUGGAACAAAUAUUCAUUAUUAGUUCAGUGUUUAGUUACUGAUACAGUAACACAAUUCACUGCACCAAACAAGACAAUAAAACUAACAGAAUACAACAAACCAUUAUUAAGUAUGGACAUAUCCCCCAGUGGUGAAUUAGGCGUAUGUUCAUCAGUGAAUGGAGAACUAUGGAUAUGGGAAACAGACACUGGGACUAACAGACGUGUACUGGAAGGUCACGUGGGUGAUGUUGAUAGCUGUAGGUUCUUUCCAUCAGGUCUGGUGGUACUGAGUGGUGCUAGUGAUUACAGGGUUAAAAUAUGGUCUAUUAAGGAUGGGUCUUGUGCUAGGACACUCACUGGACACACUAGAGGUAUUACUGAUACUUGUAUCAUUGAAAAAGGUCGUAACAUUAUAUCGUCCUCUAGAGACGGGACUAUUAAGCUAUGGAACUGUGCUUCAUCAAAUUGUCUAUUUACGUAUUGUAACAUAUCCACUCCAAUAAAUGGGUGUGGUCUAUUAUCAGACUCGUCACUUGUCUUUCCACCUGGAAACAAUCCUAUUGUUGAUGAAUACUGUACUGAAGGUAAAGCUCUGUGGUCAGUAUCUGAUGAUGGACAAUUAAGAAUAUUUGACAUUAGAAAUAAAACAAUGAUCAGUAAUUAUGUUCAUAAUGAUCCUGCUCCUUUAAUGAGAGGAGUCACCAUUGAUAGUGAAGAUAAACUAAUCAUUGGAAAUGAAAAUGGAGAACUUAUACUACUGGACUUAAGACAUAUCAAGUCACCAUUAAAGACAAUAAGAUUAUCAUCAUCACCAAUAUGUUCACUGUGCUAUAAUAAUAAUAAAGUAUUAGUAGGACACAAGAAUGGGGUGUGCAUUAAUUGGAGUUAUAAUGAUGACACAUUACUCAAUGAUCAUAUAACUGGUACUGAUAUUGAUCCAAUAAGUUCAAUAGUGAGAAGACAUCAUGUGACAUACACUAGUUCUAGGGAUGGACGUGUACGUAUGUAUGAGAACAGUUGAAUACUUAUUGGGACAGAAUUGUUCUCAUUGUAUAUGAAGAUUUAAGUGUACGAUAAAAUUUUGUAAACAAAAUAUUUAUUAUAAUUAUGUACUAUUACAAUUUAAAGUGUUGCUAUUAAAUUAA